CAAUCCCUGUGUCCUAUGUGUGAGUCCUGUGGUGUCAAUGGCAAUGAAGACUAUGUAUCCUGAUUCUCCAGUGUUCUCGUCGGUCCUCACUGUAGGCGCAACGUGACAGAAAACCAGACCAAGACAGAAAACAUCAGCGAAUGAAGUGUAUGAACACGAGUGGACAGGAAUGACAAGUUUAUCUUCAACAGUGAGGGCAUAAAGCUAUAACUCCUGGCAUGUGGAAAUCCCGAUUAGAGAUGGUCCCAUCCCACUGUGUAGGUUAAGGGAACAUCCACCAGCUACACAUAAGAGGAUUUGAGGAAUUAAUGUCAUUCUUUUAUUACCGUAUAAAUUCCUAUUGAUUUAUGUUUGGGUUACAAAGCACCACUGAGCCAGAGCGUGUCGACAACAGCAACCAGACACAUGCUGUAUCUGAAGAAGUAUGUGGUGAUGGAUGCUGAAUAUAUGCUCUAAUUCGAUCAAACAAACUAGAUUUCAGAUUUGCGAUUGUACUGGGAGAUGUGGGAACAUCAGCAGAAACGGUAACAUUUCCAAGCGCCCUCUCAGCUGAGGUUUGCUUGGGAUGGCCAGGACCCAGGAACCAUCCCGUCUUGGCUCCGUGGAAGAUUUCUGGACCCAUACUACAGACGAAGAGAAAGUCUUCCAUCAUCAUAUCUGGACAUGAAGCUGGUCCUGCUGACUCUCAGGCUGCUGUGCCUCGCUUGUCUCUGGCCCGUCACCUUGCUCAACAACCCCUACCAUAACCGGAAGAAAAACAAGGAUGUUUACUUGGCUGAGCAUGGCAAAAACAGAUUCAGAGGACGGAUUGACUACAAAUUAAAGAGAAAGGACAGCACUAAGUCCCUCCUAAUCAAAACUGAACAGCUGCUAAGAAUCGAAGACCACGACUUUGCCAUGAGGCCUGGUUUUGGAGGAUCUGCCAUCCCUGUGGGCAUUGAUGUGCAGGUGGAGAGUUUAGACAGCAUCUCUGAAGUAAACAUGGACUUCACAAUGACCCUGUACCUGAGGCAUUAUUGGAAGGAUGAACGGUUGGCUUUUCCCUCCAGUAACAAUCUGAGCCGCACAUUCGACGGCCGUCUGAUAAAGAAGAUCUGGAAACCUGAUGUCUUUUUUGUCCAUUCCAAGCGCUCCUUCAUCCAUGAUACCACCAUGGAGAACAUAAUGCUGAGGGUUUACCCAGACGGCAACAUCCUUUACAGCGUCAGGAUUACAGUUACUUCUCUGUGCUCAAUGGACUUCAGUAGAUUUCCACUGGACACUCAGAACUGUUCCCUGGAAUUGGAGAGCUAUGCAUAUGCUGAGAACGACCUCAUGUUGUACUGGAAAAAUGGUAAUGACUCUUUGAGGACAGAUGAGAUUGCCCUCUCUCAAUUCUUCAUUGAAGAGUUUCACCCCUCACAUGGUCUGGCGCUGUACAGCAGCACGGGCUGGUACAACAGGCUCUACAUCAACUUUAUCCUCAGGAGACAUAUAUUCUUCUUUAUGCUGCAAACUUAUUUUCCUACAAUGCUGAUGGUUGUGCUGUCCUGGGUGUCUUUUUGGAUCGACAGGCGGGCGGUACCGGCCCGUGUGUCGCUUGGCAUCACUACAGUGUUGACUAUGUCCACCAUAAUUACGGGAGUGUCAGCGUCCAUGCCUCAGGUAUCAUAUGUGAAAGCGGUGGACAUCUAUUUGUGGACUAGCUUCCUGUUUGUGUUUCUGUCCGUCAUCGAGUACGCAGCUGUCAACUACUUCACUACUAAGGAGGAAAUGAAGAAACUCGAGCAACUAAAGCUCUCGGGAUACGAUGCAUCUCAAGCCAUGGCGUUUGACGGCUGCUUUCAUGAUGAGGACAUAGAGCUCAGCGCAUUUCCACUCUCUGACCUAAACACAGACACAUGCAUGUCCUCCCAGAACUCCACAACACCCGCCCUCCCUCCCGUCCUGGGCACGCGUCUCCGUCGGCGGCGUUCUAUCCGCCAAAGUGUCAACCAUAUCAUGAGCAACAGUUACAAGAUCGACUCCUAUUCCAGAAUAUUCUUUCCUUUGGCAUACUUUCUCUUCAAUAUCAUCUACUGGAGCAUCUACUCCUAAAGCGGGAGAGAAUGUUAUCCAGAAAUCCGGCUCGGAAAACCGGUUUGAAUGUGAUCACAUGCCACAGUGAUAAAAUUCAAACUCUCUCUCUCUCUUACACACACACACACACACAAAACUGCAUCACAGACAAAAAUAUAUAAUUUAUUGUUAGAAUCUCAGA